UGCCUCUGGAACUAAGCUGGAAAAAGCAGAUAAGGGGCAGAAAGAGACAGAGGAGGACAGAAAGAAGAGGAAAAAAGUUUAGGAAAACAGGUGAUCCAACGAAAAGACAGUCUGUGUCAGUAAACCGCUGCUGCCGUCUGAAGAAUGGCGAAGAUAAGUUGUUGCACGCUGGCGCUGGUGAUGUUGAUGUGCUGCUGUCUCUGGAGUCCUGCUGAGACAGUAGGAGGAGCCAAGAGUCGACCUCGACCUCAAAGACGACCCAAGAAGCCCAAGGCCAACCCGGUUGACGAGAACCCACCUGCUCCGAACGUUGAUAUACAAAGGAUGAUAGGAAGAUGGUAUCUCCUCAUCGCUUCUUCCAAAUGCCCAUACCUGUUAAAGCAUGGAACCAAAGUGGAGCCAACUGUCAUGACCCUCACACGCUCCUCUGCCUCGGACCAAAUUCUGUCUGUUAGUACCAAAACACGACAUAACCAUCAGUGUUGGGAGAUAAAACAAGAGUACCAUCUGACUCCAGUUGGGGGACGAUUGACACUCAAAGGAGCCCGUCCUGAACUGAACACUGAAAUAGUGAUCGGGGAGACAGACUACACCUCCUACGCUGUCAUGUACUACCACAAACUAGGCCAGGUCACAGUAAAGCUGUACAGCAGGUCUGUGGAAACCCUCUCAGAGCCCAUGCUCACCAAAUUUGAGCAGCUCUCUGAAAAGCAGGGCUUUGGGCUGGCCUAUCACUUUUCCUUCCCCGAUUACAGUCACUGUGGUGAAGUGGACCAGGACCAUGUUAUCAAUUGCAUCCCAACAUGCUGAAGAAGACAGACUCCACCGUGGAAUUUUGUUUUUAAUUAAUCGCAAAAUGAGGAAAUACACGUCCUAAUAUGUGAAAUAAAGUUAACCUGUAAAUACAUUUAUCAAAUUGUAUGAAUUGACACCAAAAGGCUCUAAAUGUUUCACAUAAAAGCACAUUUUAAUGAUCAGCUCCAUACAAACUGAUGUGGAGCUGCAGCUAAUAAACCCCAGAUGUGAACAGGCUUUCAAGGAAUCUGUUAUAAAAUGCAGUUACAAAAUCUACGCUCAGCUCGUCCCGGCUCCACCUCGCACUUCUUUGAGUGUGUGUGUGUGCAUGCAUGCAUGUGUGUGUUUGUAUGUUGCAUAACUUGCUGAUUGCAAGUCAGAGCGUGUCUCCUCAGAUUCAGCACAUUGUCCAGAAUGUACACGAUUGAUGUUUUUCAGCAAAUAAACAAGAUUUCUAAAUA